UCUUUUGAGCUGGUGCAAGAGUAGAGAAUAUCUCUGACCAUGAAGGCAAUGGAGGAGUAAAUACUGUAGGAAACACAUGAUGGUUAUGUCCAUGGUGAUCAUGCCCAUGAUCAUGUCCAUGAUGAUCAUGAUCGUGGUGGUCAUGAUGAUCGUGUACAUGAUGGUCGUGAGAUGUAUGAGUAGGGGCAUAGAGACCGCCCUGAAUUUGAGGGGUGUAUGCCACACCAUGAUCAUGUCCAUGAUGGUCAUGGUCAUGAUGAUCAUGCGAACCGUGAAAAACAGGUUGAUGAGGAAGAGGAGUGUAUAGUGUAUUUUGUGCUGGUAUAUACUGUCCAUACUGAGCUGAGGUAUCUACAGGUCCAUGAUUGUGAAUGACCUGUGGUUCUUUAUCAUGGCCUUUACAGGGAACACCUCCAUGACUAUGGUCAUGGUCAUGAUGGUCAUGAUGGUCAUGAUGGUCAUGGUCAUGAUGGUCAUGGUCGUGGUCAUGAUGGUCGUGGUCGUGAUCAUGGUUAUGGUCUUGAUGAUGUUGGUCAACAAGAUGAUUCUCCACGUGAGCUGGUUUGGUGUGUAGUGGUGUUGAUGUUUGGAUGACAAUCCCUUUGUUCAGACUACGAGAGCUCGAGAUGGCUUCGGGAUUGACAGGUGCUGGCUGAGGGGAUGUCGGUGGAAUUGGCCUUUUAUUAAAUCUUCUAGUAGAUUGCAUCUUUUCUUUUUAUUUAUUUCUCGGGUUUGUUUUGUGAAUGGAACCAAUAAAAAGAGAAGUUCAAGG